UCAUGUUUCAUGUUUCAUGGUCAUGUUUCAUGUUUCAUGUUUCAUGUUUCAUGGUCAUGUUUCAUGGUCAUGUUUCAUGUUUCAUGUUUCAUGUUUCAUGGUCAUGUUUCAUGGUCAUGUUUCACGUCUCGUCUCCUCAGGUUCUCUCGUGGCGAGUACACGCUGGAGGUGUCGAUCAACGACUACCUGGACAUCUACUGUCCUCACUACGAGGGGGCGGAGCCUGCCAUGGAGCGCUACGUGUUGUACAUGGUGAACUACGACGGCUUCACGACCUGUGACCCCCGGACGACGGGCUUCAAGCGCUGGGAGUGUAACCGGCCGCAGAGCAGCAACGGACCAAUCAGGUUCUCCGAGAAGUUCCAGCUCUUCACCCCGUUCAGCCUGGGCUUCGAGUUCAGACCGGGACACGAGUACUACUACAUCUCGUCUUCACGACCAAACUUGUCUGAAAAACUUUGUCUGAAACUGAAGAUCUACGUCAAACCAACCAACGACUCGGUGUACGAGUCCCCGGAACCAUUUCUGACGGACGACACCACCGGUGGCUCCGGCCUCCCUCGGCCCUGCCUCUCCCUGCCGGUCUCCACCACGCUCGCCCUGCUCCUCGUCCUCACCUCCUCAUAGCUCCGCCUCUUCGUCCUCGACCUCCCACCCAAAGUCCGCUCACCAGCUCAGCCAAUCAGGAGGCAGACGCUGCUGGUGGGAGGAGCCUGGAGCUGAGGUCUUUCAGUGACGACGUGUGGGCGGAGUCUCAGAGUGUACGGAGGCUCGCAAAGCUCAAAGUUAUUAGAAGCAUAAUCAAUACGUUUUUAUUUUAUGUUCACACAAACAAGGAACAGCUGGUGGAUAAACAGAGGGAGACACAGAGAUAUAAAAAGAUCAUAAGUCAUGAACAAUAAAAUAUCAAAUCUUAAGAAUAAAAAAAAGAAACUUAA